AUGACCCACCUCAUUCCACCCAAGCAGGCAGUUCGUACCCUAGAUACAUACCCGAACACAAACCACAGCUAUGAAGUGACAAUCCGCUUCUCAGCGUCCAUAUCGGACCUCCCGCUCUCCGUUCCCGCCAACAAUGGACCAACCACCGCAACUCUCAAGCAGCUCGUUCGAGCCUCUCUCCCAGUAGACCUAAAGGACAAGCGGAUUCGUCUGAUCCACGCAGGCAAGGCACUUGAUGAUGCCGUACCACUCUCUACAAGCCUGAAACGGCUGGUCAGCAGACCUCCAAGCCGAGUCGCUACACCAGGACCCUACGAUUCGGGCGCUGAUUCAGAGACUGGCGACAAGAGCAAAGUCAAAGGCAAGCAGGCAGUGCGUGAAAUAACGUUAGCACGCGUCUAUAUACACUGUUCAAUCGGCGAUGUGACCCUGUCACCAGAAGACCUAGAAGCAGAAGCAGCUCUCGCAUAUCCCACCCAGAUUGAAAAGCAGGACACUACUACCCAGCAGUCGCAAGAUGAGUCCAACACAAAUACAACCACACCCGCUCCUCGAGGAUUCGAGCGGCUCCUCACAGCAGGCUUCACCGCCUCUGAAGUCGCAGCUCUCCGACUGCAAUUCAUGUCCAUCCAGUCUCAUACACAUACUCCAGAUACGAUGCCCAGUCCGAACGCGCUGCGAGCGAUGGAGGACCAAUGGCUUGAUAAUUCUGGUUCUCUAGGUCUUGACGAGACUGCUGCUGGAGCAACUACAGCAGGAGGAAUUGAGGACGACAGUGCACGAGGAGCGCUGGAUGACAUGAUUUGGGGCACUACAUUUGGUUUCUUCUGGCCUGUAGGAUGUUUGAUUUGGGGUUUGAGAGAAGAAGGCAUAUUUAGUCCCAGGCGAAAGAUUGCAAUCGCUGUUGGGGUUGUGUUGAAUCUUGGAUUAGGCUUUGUUAGAUGGGGUGGGUAG